CAGAUAACACGUGUGUUCGUCCGCUGCUGACAGGAUAGUUCUCGCUAACUUCUCUCGUCGUUGUAUGACACUGAUGAGGGUUGAUGCCGCGGUUGGGAUGUUCUCAAUGAAAACACGUUGAUCGGACGCUGGGUUUAACAGACAUGUCAGUUUGGAAUAUCAUACUUCGAAUGUUCUAUAAACUUCUUAGAACUGUUUCUGCAGAAUUUUUAAUGUGUUCACAUAGUUAAACGUGGAGAACUCCUGGAGAGGCUGAAUACAAAGUUCGCGGCGUGAAUGUUGACGAGUGGUAGCCGUGAGGAUGCUGGAUGGGACCACGACACUGCUGCUGAUACUGGGGACGUUGCUCAUAUUGGUGCAAGACAGCUCUCAGGGGGAGAACGAACGACGCCUUCUACGUCAUCUUUUUGAAGGCACCAAAUACAACAACCUUGAACGCCCUGUAGCUAAUGAGACGCAUCCAGUCAACGUCAGCCUCGGUAUCAUAUUACAGCAAAUCAUAGACGUGGACGAGAAGAAUCAAAUUAUACAUACAAAUUUGUGGUUGCAACUGAUUUGGUACGAUGUCAACCUUGUCUGGAACCCGGAAGAGUUUGGCAAUGUCACUGCCGUUAGAGUCCCGACUAAGAAGAUAUGGCGGCCUGACAUUCUCAUGUACAACAGCGCUGAUGAGAAGUUUGAUGGCACAUUUCACACCAAUAUCAUCAUAUCAUACGACGGGAAGUGUUUAUGGGUUCCCCCGGGGAUGUUCAAGAGUACGUGUCAGAUUGAUAUCACAUGGUUCCCUUUCGAUGACCAGAAGUGUGACUUAAAGUUUGGAUCGUGGACUCACGACGGCCGUCUCCUGAAUCUCGUCCCGGACAACGCCACCGGCGGUGACAUCACCAGCUUCAUCAGGAACGGAGAGUGGGAACUCAUAGGUGUGCCUGUGCGGAGGAACAUCCUGGAGUAUGAAUGUUGCCCUGAAUUCUACAUCGACCUCACCUUCACCAUCCACAUGCGACGGCGCACCCUCUACUACGGCUUCAACAUCAUCAUACCCUGCGUCCUCAUCUCCUCCAUGUCUCUGCUUCUCUUUAUCCUUCCUCCAGAUGCCGGGGAGAAGAUCUCGCUAGGUGUGACAAUAUUGCUGUCGCUGAUGGUGUUCCUGCUGCUGGUGGCUGAGACAAUGCCGCCGACCUCAGAUGCCCUGCCGUUGAUCGGUAUCUAUUUCGCUUGCAUCAUGUUCAUGUGUUCCUUGUCCGUGCUGUUCACUGUGAUAGUGCUCAACCUCCACCACAGGUCCUCGGACAACCACAGCAUGCCUAGAUGGAUCCGUAGUUUAAUCUGCGGCUGGCUUGCCUGGGUAUUGCGCAUGAGCAGACCGGGCCAAGAUCCGUUGUCAUCCCGCCGCGUUGUGGCGCAACGUUCCCGUCUGUACGACGUCAAACUGGAGGAGAAAUCCAAGUCUCUCAUGGCCAAUGUUCUCGAAAUGGAUGAUGACAUCAGAUUGGUGCACAGCAACGGCCUGCCCAUCAAGGUGGACGACGCUGUUCAGUUAACCGGCGUCAGGCACGACAUUAUUUCCAUUCUGAAGGAGUUGAAGAAGAUCACCUUGAAGAUAAAGAAAGAUGAAGAAGAGACAGACAUCAAGAACGAGUGGAAGUUCGCUGCUAUGGUUAUUGACAGACUCUGCUUCAUUAUCUGUGUCAGUCUAACUGUAGGGUCCACUGCCGGAAUCCUGGGAUCCGCCCCGCAUCUUCUAGCUUAAGGUGGAGCUUAAGUACAACAUGAACCAGCCAAUAUGAAAACGUGUAGCUUCCUCAACGAAGUGUAUUAUCCUCUUCGUCAAAUUAAUAAUAAUCCGAACUCAUCUGUCAUGUACUGUACCAUAUGAGGUAUUACAGAUAGGACUGAAGUGAUGGGGAUGAGUUAAUUAGUCCAUAGACCCUGUGUGAGAUACCAGUGUCUCUCCCGCGAAACAAUUUUUGACAGUGCUAUUUACAUGUGGUUGGAUGUGAUGCGUGCAUACGACUGAUUACACAGGUACUGUUGGGUUAAGACAUUCUAUGAGCGCUUCGGUUGCUUCAAGGACAGCAGGGCUGCAGGAUAUGUUUGUUUGCAGGAAUGUACACUUUGAGAAAGGAUAUGUGUAAAGGUCGUCCCUUUUUAACAUUGGGCCUUGGCAUUAUUCCCCUUCCACUUGGUAAAAAGGAAAGAAAAAAUCCUUUUCAGGAAACCGGAUGUCAUUAUAUACACAAGGGCGCGUGACCACUGCAAAAACGCUCGAUCAACAACGAUGAACUUGAAGAAUUCACAAUUUAUGACACCAAAGACUUUUAUAAUGAUUACCACAUUUGAUGCCCGUGGAGCACUUAAAGACACAUUUUACAUGGAGCUGUGAGCUGAUAUAGACAAGCUUGUUAAUAUGCAUACAUGGUGCACUUAAUGUACAUAUGUACUGAAAAUAUGUGAUGUAUGUGUAUAGGCUUCAUGAUUAAUGAACAUCAUACAUGAAUGAUGAUUUGAAUUGUUGGAAGCAGAAGCAGAUUAAUAAUAACAAUAACAAGAAUAAUCCUUCCAUAACAAAUAGUAUUCAUGUUGCAUCAACCCAAACUGUACAAACAUUACAAACUAUACUAUUUGCUGAAUCUUGCACGUGAUUAUCAUGAACAAAAGUUCCACCGUCUUUAUAAUCGUCUCCCGAUCGAAGAGCAUCAAUACGAGGAAUGAAACGUUUGAUAUAGUCGAACAGUAUUUGGAGUAUGUGACUGAACAGUUCAUAUCAAUAACAGAAAAGGUGAUGUUUGUAACAACAUUUGAGAUAUUGUAAGAGCGUGUGGCAUUUGAGCAUACUAUAAUACAAUUUGAAGGUACUAUAGCAGGUCAUACAAGUACCAUCAGUAAAUAUAUGUAACAUAAUUUGAUAAAUAAUUUUAUUUAAGUUAAGUAACCCUAGAAUCAUAUAUUGACGUAAUUAGUUUGUACAUGAAUAUAUAUAUUUUCGUACACAUCUGUGAAAGAAAUCGACCAAGGAAUGAAAUAUCUGCGCGCGCCAUCUUUAUAUAGUUGUGUCGACAUCUGUGGAGGUCUGGAAGAUCAAUACAUCAUUCGGCACAAAGUAUAGCAUGAUCAAUACCGGUACUAUAUCCUUCACGCUGCUAUAGACGGUGUACACUUCGCCAAGCAAUAUGCACACACACACACACACACACACACACACACACACACACACACACACACACACACACACACACACACACACACACACACACACACACACACACACACACACACACUGCAAUGUACAUAAUGGCAACAUGCUUCCCAUGCAAUUGUUAACUGUCAUCAACCUCUAAAACAUGUAUAUUUAUUUCUCACCUGUACACACUAAAACAGUAUAUUCCAUGCAACUAUUAACAACUGAUGAAGCACGUUGAACUGGGAGAGUGCAAUCAAGUAUAAUUAUGAUGAUUAAUACAAACAAAUUGGCCCUUUCUCAAGGCUAAAACCAUACUGUCAGCUGGAAUGGGGUUGUCUGAACAUAUGGUCCCUGGAAUGGCUAAUAUUUAGUACAUUGAUAAUCUAAAGAUGAUGUUAUAAUUGAUAUGUAUUUUCUUUUAAAGAAUUAAUGCGCAUGUGCCCUGCUUGAGAUACGCUGUGAAUAGGACCCGGUAUUUAGAGCUACACAGAGAUACGAUUCUACGUGUGUCUUGUACAGGAACUGUUUUUUUAGAACAGGUGAUUGAUUGUUGUUUACACCAUGUGUUUUAAAUACCCUAUAUUCGCACACACUCACUGUUGGAUAGUGCACAUACGGACUUUGCAACAGGAAACGUUAUUUCAAUUGUUUUGUAUGAAUAUAGAUAAUAACCAUAUUACAAAAGAUUAAAGUGUCCAUUGUAUUAUACACCAUUAGGAUGACAGCGAGUAGUAUUACUCUUCAUGCUGUGACCGGUGUGUUUCGAACAUGACAGAUCAUGUCUGUUCUUGUCAAUUGUUUAUUCGUUUCAACGAAUAUGUUUACUUCGGAUAAAAUAGUUUGUUUUAUACUAUAUAUCUGUUUCAGUUUUCGGCAUGUAAUAUAUAUUGUGCUGAACACUUGCAUGUCACUUGUAUGCUUAUUUAAUCUUUGUUACAUUUCGUUACCACAUCUUUUAUUGAUAAUUGUAUGAUCUUUCUCCCUGAACACACGUCGCUACAUUGAUUGGGCAAUCAAUAAUUAUGAUUAUACUUCAGAUACAAUCAUCAGUAGCAUGUUGAAGUAAAACCGUUUUAAAUCAAUUACACUGUUACUGCACACGUGUAUACGUUUUGCAGAUUUAUUAAUGCAGAUAUUGAACGGUUCUAUUGACUACAUCAAGAUUCUUAAAUAUUUAGAUUUGCGUGAUUUCGAAUCGAUGCUGUAGAUCGCAGGAAAUAGAUAAAGCGAACUUGCUUAAAAACAAAUUCCCAUUUAUGAUCAUAAAAACGACAUUGUUGACUUUAUGGAACCAAACGAUUUCUAUAUCCAUUGAUUAGGAAAGAAGUUCAAACGGCCAUUUUUAAAUAUCAAAGAGUCAGGAUCAAUAUAUCUUUGCUGCAGUCUCUGUGGUGUUUGCAUAUGAAACCCUAGGGUUAAAUUGCAUAUUCCAUAAAAUCCUGUAAAUAGGACGUUUUUUGGACCGGACUUAUGUAUUUCCAAACAAUGUCCUCACAUUCAGAUCACUGACCUGCGAAUGUAUGUAGUUGGUUUGGACCAACACUGACGGGGAAAUGAUCACACUAUGAGAAUGAUGAAACACACUUUCGUUAUCCUCUGUGUGGUAUUCUUUCUGUUGCCCUUGUGUUCUCGUCUUAUUACCUGUCGUGUUGCCUCUCCUAUGCUUUGUAUAUGCUGCUGAGUAUAACAGAGCUGAGGCGUCUUUUACAAUCUUGACAAUAUUUUGUAAAAUAAACACAGUUUAAAUCUCUUG